AACAAAGUCUGUUAUUCAAACACUUCUCAAAAAUCUUCCCAAAUACAUUGAUAACUGAAAUAGGUCUAUAAUUGAACAUAUUGUCUUUACUUCCAGAUUUAAAUAUUGGUGUCACUAUGCUUUCUUUAAAUUGGCGAGGAAUUACUGAGGAUUUGAAACAGAGGUUGAUAAUAUUACAAACUAUUUGUUGUAACUCUAUGUUAUCCACUGGAGUUAGAAACAUAGAGUGAGCAAUGUUGAUGACAUGAGGAUCUGAUGUAUCAAAAAUUGAGUUUUGAUCAAUCUGACUUGUUAUUUGCUCACCUAUAUCAACAAAAUAUUUAUUAAAAACACAGGCUAUAUCAGUGGGAGUGUCCAGCUGCUGAUUAUUGUGGUUAAUUGAUUUUACGUCAUUUUUUUUUAUUUUGCCAGCAUUAGUUACCUCAUUAAUAACAUCCCAGCUCUUCCUAUAGUUAUUACCAGCUAAAAUGAGUUUUUGUGUAUAAUAUUGAUUUUUGUAGGAGAUAUAGGACUGUCUCAAUACCAAAUUAUCAUUAUCUUUCGUCAAACUCUGUUUCAACUCAUCUCUCUUCUUGAUCGAAGUAAGAAUACCUUCAGUCAUCCACGGCUUGCGUUUUCUGGUCUUACUAUUUAUUUUUAAAUAAUAAGUUGAAUGAUCUAUGCCUAUAUAGUAAUAUAUUUAACAAAAAAUCUAAAAUUGUUACAUUCUAUCAGCCACAACCAAUAAAACGCGAUUCAAUGAAACAUCUGCCCUAAUUCCUAGACUAAAUAAAACUAUCAGCCAAAGAUCAUUCUAUUUUCUAUGCUCAAUCGUUUAAAAAUUGAAUAAAAGUUAUAGAUCCUAAAACAACCAAGGCUACAAAUCUAUAAGUUUGUAGACAUUAAAAACCAAUAUAUUUAUUAUUUGAUACUAAAAUGAUGCAAAUUUGUACAUUUGACCAGUAUACUUAUAGGAAAUUUGUUGUAUUAAUAUAAUUCAAGUUCGGUUAAAACCCGUGCACAAGUGUACACUUUUUUGGGUAUAUUACGUUUAUUGGACACUGCCGUUAUUAUUUAUAUGAAAACUUUGUAGUUAGACCAAUAAAUAUAAUGAUUAUUAUUGUCAUAAUUAUUAUCAUUAUUAUUAUAUUAUUCAAGAUGGCGGCUUGACAGCCUCUACUAACGAUAACUAA